CAUCUCGACUCGACUUGUCUGCUCGCAGGGCCUGCUGCUGCUUUUGUCACGAUCUGACCUAGGGUCCCUGGCAGACAUCAACAUCACCCUCCACGACGAGCAGACCACCCCGGCCGAUGUCGUCGUCGUACAAGGAGUCUGUAGACCCCGAAUCCCAAGCACUUCUUCCGCAAGAGAACGAGUACUCUGAGCCUGCUCCGACUCCGUCUGUACAUAGACCGUAUCGCCUGCGCCAUGUCGUCCUAGCAUUCGCCGCCGGCAUCCUCUCCGCCGUUCUCGUCGAACUCGCUCUCUGCUCUCAUUAUACCCUCCCUUUCUUGCCACAGGAUCAGCCGGCGGUAUAUGCUGACCUCGCAUCUCCCGACGCUGGCUCGACCGAGGUCCACAAGUUCCCGCCAUCCGCGCCCACAAACGCCUUCCCCUCUCUCUUCCCCUCCAACGUAGGCCAUGCAGGUCCUACCCCUACCGGCGCAGAGGCAGCUCUCGUCGCAACCGCUCCUUCAUAUCCCCUCCACACCGGCGCACCCCACCUCCUCGGCCCUCUCGCACUCAACCGUAACGCGUCCGCAUCCAAGUCGGAUCCGUCCUUUGACAUUUUCAAGCACUGGGGCAACCUCUCCCCUUGGUUCAGCGUCGAGCGCGAUUCCUUCGGUCUUGACUCUGGCCCUGAAGCACCUCCCACCUGCCGUGUAACUGGCCUUCACCUCCUUCACCGCCACGGUGCCCGGUAUCCGACUGGAUGGGCCUCCUACGGCGGGCCCGCCAACUUUUCCUCCCGUCUUCACAAUGCCGCCGCUGGGUGGAACGCGUCCGGUGACCUCGAGUUCAUGAACAACUGGACGUACAAGCUCGGCGAAGAGAUUCUGACGCCCUUUGGUCGGCAGCAACUAUUCGACCUCGGCGUGUCCAUGCGCAUGAAGUACGGCUUCCUCCUCCAGAACUUCACCGCCUCCAACACGCUCCCCGUCUUCCGUACCGAGUCGCAGGACCGCAUGCUCGCCUCCGCGCUCAACUUCGCGAUCGGCUUCUUCGGGUACCCCUUCGACGGCCAGUACCAGCAGAGCAUCACGAUCGAGGCGGACGGUUUCAACAACACGCUCGCGCCUUACAAGACGUGCCCGAACGCCGGCGACCGCACCAAGUCCGACCGCGCCAUCCCGUACGUCCAGCAGUGGGCAGGGAUCUACCUCAAAGACGCUCUCGCGCGCCUGCGCCCGCAGAUGCACGGCUAUGAGCUUACCAUCGAGGAUGUGUACACCCUGCAGCAGACGUGCGCGUAUGAGACCGUCGCAAUCGGAUACUCCAAGUUCUGUGAGCUCUUCACCGAGGAUGAAUGGAAAGGCUUCAACUACGCGAUGGACUUGUACUUUUGGUAUGACUCCGCGUUCGGCUCGCCGGUGGCGCGCGUGCAAGGCAUUGGCUACGUUCAGGAACUCGUUGCACGCCUCACGCACACGCCCAUUCCCGUGCACAACUCGUCCACGAACGCGACGCUCGACGACAACCCGGCGACCUUCCCGCUCGGCCAGAGUCUCUACGUCGAUGCCACGCACGAAGUCGUCGUUCUCAACGUGAUUACCGCACUCAACCUGACGAGUUUCGCCGCGGACGGGCCCCUCCCUGCCGACCACAUCCCUGAGCACCGCGCCUUCAAGUCCUCACACCUCGCGCCCUUCGCCACCAACAUCCAGUUCCAACUCCUCGCCUGCGAAUCGCAGCCCGACCCGCAAAUCCGCGUCAUCAUCAACGACGGCGUCGUCCCGCUCACCGGCAUCCGCGGCUGCCCCGAAGACGCGGACGGCAAGUGCCCCGUGCCCGCCUUCGUGGACGCGCAGCGCGAGAUCAUCGGCAAGACGGACUGGGAGUGGGCGUGCCACGGCGAGUGGAGCGUGCCGCCCGGGCCUGCGUGGAACACGACAACGGGCGACGCGCCCGCGCCAGGCUCCGUGUUUGCGUGAGGGGUUCGGACGUGAUAGAUAGGUGGAUGUUUCUAGAUACCAUGAUACAGUUCGUUUUAGC